AACAGAAGCUUUAGAACUGGCGUGUCGCUGCAUCGUUAACCUUGAAUAACCUUGGAGGCAGGUGAAAGGUCACCGGUGACGUGUGCAGCUGAGCCUCGCUCUGGUCCGCCCCUCGCCAAACACGCAACCCACAUAUUUUCUCUCUCUUCACACCUGGCUUAGGACAAAACGUCACCUCAAGGUUGUCUGUAUGCUUGGUGUUAAGAUGUCGGACUCGGAGUUACCCCAACUGAAGAAUGGAAGUCCGAACUCUAAAACCCGACAGAGACUCCGUCCCUGGCUCAUAGACCAGAUCAACAGCGGCAGAGUACCCAACUUACAGUGGGUGGACCAGGACAACGGCAUCUUCAGGAUUCCGUGGAAACACUUCGCACGGGCGGACUAUAAACAGGACCGGGACUGCAUGCUGUUUAUGGAAUGGGCCAUCCACACGGGCAAGUUCCAUCCGGGGCUCGACGAACCUGACCCCACCCGAUGGAAGGCCAACUUCAGGUGCGCCCUCAACCAGAACAAGGACAUACUGCAGCUGGACCACCGCACGUACACCGGCAUCAACAGGAAGAACCCAUAUAGAAUCUACCAGAUGAUCCCCGAACAAUAUAUCAAUGAAGAGUAUCAGUUCGUGGCGGAAGUGGAUGUCUUCAGUGACUACGACUCCGAAGACGACGAGGGCGAUGGUCCGUGCGCAUGCGCCAACUGUCUCGGGGUCAUCCCGAAACGCGGCAAAAAGUCAGUCCACCACGUCACAAAAGCUAAAAAGUCACAACACGCUGCCAUGACACAUAUGACGUCACCAGAUCCUACUUCACCAAAUGUGACGUCACCAGAUGUGACGUCACCAGAUGCGAUGGAUUACGACCAACCAGAGGCUAUCGUAUCGUACGUUGAGGACUCGAAGGAAAAAGUGCGCCAAAUUCUCGCGGCGCAGAAAGAAUUUACUUGUCAAACCAGAUGACCGCUCGUGUAUUCGAUUUUAUACGGAGGAUGUAUCGUUUUGUUUACAUGAAAUUGCAUGAAAAUUUUAUCACUUCCUUGUAUUUCUAAGAUGAACAGAAAAGUGUGAAUGUAGAAUCGCCAACAGAGAUUUAACCAAGUAUAAAUGCAUAAAAUAAUUGGAUUGAGAUCAUACAAUAUCAAAGAUGCCCUUUUUCAAAACGUCAUUGGUCUUUGGAAGGACAGUGAGUGCAGUGCAGCUAGUUUUUGCGAGAGAGAAACGCAUCAAGUUUAACUUUUGAAUAUGAUGGAUAUUUCUCAUUAAUUCUAAUUAAUAAGUAGAUGUCAGAUCAAUCCAUGCAGUAGCUUCUCUCCAAAUAGCGUAUCAUAACUACAUAUCAAAGAAUAAAUGAUAUAUGUAAUUAUCAAAAGUAAUAUUCAGGGUUUUAUAACCUACGAUAUUUUUCUAACAUUUUGGAUUACGGCAACCUUUCAACAUUCAUAGGUAUUGAUUGUUAUAGAUAUAAAAAGGCUGUAAAAACUUCAAUGAUUCAAAAGAAAACCCCUUUCCAUUGCUUAGCUAGUGUUGUGUUGUAUACUACAGAAAUUAUGUGAAGAAUUUCUUACGCUUUUGUCCGCAAUUCUGAUGUUUGAUAUCUAAUUUUCCAACGCAGUAUUGUGAAACUUGGUACUCAUUAUCAUCAUGUGUACUUUUUGUUGGUAACAUGUUUAUGUAUUUGGUUCAAACUUUGUCGAUAGAAUAAAAUAACGUCAACAAUGUUUUAUA